AUGAAUACUCCAAAUACUUAUCUUUCUUGUCCUAAAAGACUUCUAAACAAAAUAGGAUUACUACUAUCACACGAAUGUUUUCUGCAAGGAGCCAUUAUAGGAUGCAGGAAUCCCGUUAAUCAUACUGAAGAAACUGGAGUUACUGAACUUGAGGAAAUUUUAGAGCGGAAGACAUUUACCAGAUCUGAAAUUAAUCAUUUGACGAGUUUACUACACUCAAGAAGUGCUGACAUUUCUGGUGGAAAUGAAGAACAGAGGUCUGCCUUGGUCUCAAUGGUAUCACACGACAAGAAAGAAGAAUUUCCAAAGACCCCAGUUAGAGAGAAUGUGACUGAAAACCAUCUUAUUUCAACACAUCUUGUCAGCUCAGCUGUUGUUGAUGAGGUUGUUGCUUCACCUGCUGAGCUUGCAAAAGCUUACAUGGGCUGUAGGACAACAAAUGUUUCUGUAUCUAGGCCUGGAUUACAAAAUCAUGUGCCCAGUGAAGAUUUAACUUUUCCGAGAAAUAAAAUUUUCUCUUCUACGCCUUCCACAAUGUUGAUAUUGCCAAGAUCUUCUGGUCAUGCUGGGAGUCUUAGAAGCAGUUUUGUGACCCCAAGAUUGAGGGGCAGAUCUGCAAUAUAUAGCAUGGCACGGACACCUGAUUCCAGGGUUAAUGCAGCAAUUCCCCCUAAGAGUUCUGGAACUGCAAGUGAGGCUUUUGAUGGACCAUCAUCGCCUCAGAGUGCAUGGGAGCAAAACAGAAUUUCUGGUUCCAGUCAGAGGGUUUGGAAGCUCAGGAAUUUGGUAUUAGACAAUGAUAUAGGAUCAGUUGGCCCAAUUCGGUGGAUUCGUCAGAAGUCCAAUCUUCUUUCUUCAAGAACCUUAUGUUUACCAGCUUCAACUGGUCCUCUAUCUGCUCACGUAGCCGACACUAGUUCAUCUGGUUUAGAUUGCCUAGUUGAGAAUGGGGAUAACAGCACUCCUGGCACAAGGUUUACCACUGUUCCAUCCAAGUCCUGUCAGGUGGCUUCAAAAAUAUUACAGCAACUGGACAUCAUGGUUUCCCCAGGGGGAAAAACACCCACCAAGUUGUCACCAUUUAUGCUACGUGGGCGGGCUCUUAAAAGCCUUGAGACUGUAGAUUCUUCAAAAUUUCUGGAGAACAUGAAUGAUAAUGAUAAAUUAAAUGGUUCUCUUACUGCACUGAUUGGUUUUCAAGACUCUAUCUCUCACAAACAUGAUAAAGUUAAAGAAAAUGGCUCAACAGCAUUGGGUGCUCUCCCUGACAAGCCAGUUCCUGCGGUAAAUGGUAUAGAUAGUAAUAGUUUAAUGAAGGAUAAUAAUGUGCCUAGUGUUAAUGCUACUGAUUCUAGUGCGAUCAAGUCUCUCGUACAGCAAACUCAAAAAAAGAGUCAGGCUUUUCAGAUGAGUGCACAUGAGGAGUUUCUGGAUCUGGAUGAUGAUAACUAUCCUAACGGAUCCAAACAUGCUGAAGGGAGCAGGAGGUUGGAUAACUGUGUCGUGGGGAGUACGAGUGCAGCUGUUGAAGCUAUAAAGAAGCCUUCAAUUCUUUCUGAAGUUGAACCAAUUGCUGCAUUCAAUCAAAAACCUGAUUUGAAAACAUCUGAUGGAUCCACAGCUAGUGAAAAGAGUGCUGGUGUUACUUUUCCAGUUGUAGAGAUGGCCACUUCAUCUGUGCAGUCAGCAUUUAUGGCAUCUCCAUCAACUCUAACUGCGAGUAAAGUUGAUGUCUCUUUGCACCCAAAUGCUCCUUAUAUGCUUAGCAUUGGGGAGAAAGUUUUGGCUGCAAAACAAUCAAAUGUUUCUGUUACUACAUUUGGCUUUGCCUCUACAAAUGCUGGUGAGGUUUCAUCAGUUACUGAAUCUUCAGGUGUUAAGCUUGCCACAAGUUCAAACCAAAAAUUAGAGAACUCAAGCAGCUUUGCUGCCGCUGCUCCUGGUACAACCAAUAAUUUGUCAGAUAAAACUGACAUGGAGAACAAUCUGAAUGAGAUCUUCUGUAGGAAACCUGAAGCUGCAAUCACCUCUUCUGUAUCAACUUCUACAUCAGCUGGAAGUAUCUUCAAGUUUGGUGCCUCAAAAGAUAGUUCUCCCUUAAAUAACGGGUCUCUUGCUUCAAGUCCUUUUUCAUUCUCUCCACCUGUGCCUUCUCUAGUUCCAAGUACUGGUCAAAGAACAUCCAGUGCAGCUGCCACCAAUAGAGAUGCUUCUGCUGCUGCUGCCACCUCUUCAAGUGCAACUGUGAAUGCCACCAUCAGCCAUACCAGCAACCCGACCGUGGAGUCUUCAAUCCCUCACUUUACAGCUGCACCUGUUUUCAAGUUUUCUUCCUCUGUGGACCCUUCAACUUCAGUUUCAACAUUAGCAGCAACUUCGGGGGAAUCAACCGAAUCUGCUUUUACUAGUUCUGGAAGUAGUAUUUUUGGUGGUACAUCUGAAGUUAAAAGUGCUGCAAGCAGCACUUCUGGCACGACAGCUGAAGUCGCAAGAUCUGGAAAUAGCAGUUUCAGUGGUUUAUCUUCCACCAUUUUGAACUCCGGAAGUGGCUUUUUUAGCAGCACAUUUUCCACGGUGACAAGCACAGACAGUAGUAUCUUCGGUGGUACGUCUGCAACUACCAGCACGGGCAAUGUUAUCUUUGGCGGUACAUCCGCAACUACAAGCACAGCCUGUAGUACUUUUGGUGGUACAUCUUCGGCAAUAGUUGGUACAGGAAGUAGUAUCUUUUCUAAUAAAUCUGCAAUCAUGAGCACUGGAAGCAACAUCUUUGGAUUCAGUGCUACAGCUGCAUCUACAUCCACUACCCAGACUCAGGUUUUAAAUCCUUUCAAUGCUGUUAAUACCCAAUUAUCUGUUGUGGGAACUGGCAUUGGUACCUCAACUCAAAGCAUGCCCAUUCAGUUUUCUUCGUCUGCUUCAUCUUCAUCCUUUGGAUUGGCUGGGAAUACAACUUUUUCCUCUGGCAGUUCAAUGUUUGGGUCAUCGGCAUCCAUUGCUAAACCUUUUGGUUCAGGUGCUACUUUUGGAGUAAGUUCUUCCUCUUCAGAAACCAACUCUCUGAGCUCUAGCAGUGGCAUUGCUUCUGGCGCAUUUGGCUCAAAUUGGCAAGCCCCUAAGACACCCAUAUUUGGCUCUUCAUCAUCUAGAUUUGGCUUUGGAUCAUCAUCUUCUGUUAAUGCUCCUAGCAAUGCACCUUCAAUCUUUGGGUCAUCCACCGGUGGCUCCUCAGGUUCCAUAUUUUCAUUCGCUUCAGCUUCAGCAGCUAAUCCAUCACAGCAUGCAUUUGGUAAUACUAGUCCUGGAUUGGUGUUUGAGUCAACACCUUCUACUAAUAAUGAUCAAAUGGAAGAUAGUAUGGCUGAUGACACAAUUCAGGCUUCACCAACUGUUGCGCCAUUUGGUCAACAGCCAAUCACACUGCCUACUUCUGGGUUUGUUGUCGGUGCAUCAAAUCCAUCAGGAGGAGGCUCCUUUCAUAUUGGAAGCCAACCAAGCAUAGCCGCACCACAGAAUCCAUCUCCAUUUCUGGCUUCUGGUAGUCUGGAAUUUGGUGUCGGAGGGAGCUUCUCAUUGGGUACCAGUGGUGGUGACAAGUCUGCCAGAAAAUAUGUGAAGGUCCGCAAGCAGCGGAAGAAGUAAUAAGAUUUAAUUACUUUAGUCAACUCUUUCAUUUGAGAGACCCAAGUGAUUGAUUGAAUAAUACUAUUAAGGCUAAUGAGAGAAGAGCUGCUGAUU